CAAGCACAAUAUAAUCUGCAAAUUUGCAACUCGUCCUCUGCGUGUGUGGUUUGCCAUCCUUCAUCUUGAGGCAUCGCUCCUUCAUUCGAUCCGCCCCCGGUUUAUGAUGCAGUCUUUCCUUGCGAGAAAGAUACAGAGGGAAAUGUUUGAGCGUGGGCGCCAGCGUUUGAGGGAGGAUCACCUCCAGGAUCGUAAGACCUUUGGGGAUGAAAAAAACGCUCAGACCGUCCAGGUAACUCAGCCAGUGAGCGAGUGCCACAAACCCGAGCCUACGAUUCUCAAGGAGGAACUAACCGGGACGGAGAAGUUGCUUUGGGACCAGUGCCGACAGGUCCGCUACACCACCGCCUCCGUCCCACCAAACCUCGCCUUGCCCAAAUAUGCCCUCAGCGAGUUUUUCGUCUCUGGUUCCAAUGGCCUUGGUCCCGUCACUGAUCUUCGCGACCUUGUUUCGCAGUGGUACAAAUGGUUCACUGACAUAAAGGAGGGCAAUCUGGAGUGGGAUGUUAUCAUGGAUUGGGUUUCAGCACAGGAGAAUAUGAUGAGGGAUUGUGGGAUGGGCUAUGAUUCGGCUGCGCUGGCUAAGAGCAAAAGAGAUCUGAUGAGGGACGAAUGGUUCAUGACAACCCACUUCCCAAUCAAAUGGCAAGCCAUCCAGGAGCACAUGAAACAUCGUCGCGUCCACAAAGCCGCUACCACCAAGCAACGGCGCGAGUUCAUGAGGGGGACAUUCAAGGGGACUGUCUUAGCGAAGAGGGUUGCCGAAGAAGCGGGGAAGGUCACGAAGAAACCCUCUAAGUACGUUGUCAAGAGAGAGAGGAAGAAGAGGUUGCAGGCUCAGGCUGCGACUGCGGCUGCGGCUACGGCUACGGCUGCGGAUGAGUUGGCGGCCAAGACCACGGAUGCUCAUACGUCUCUCGAGAUGCGCGAAGCAACUCCCGAAGCCCAGGUGAGUCCUCGACUAGUGGUGGAAGUCGUGUCUUCGCAGCAUGAUGCUGAACAAGUCUCACAGUUGGUCGACAUUGUUGUUCCCGGCGCAUACUCUCCAGCUGCCGGGCGCAUCAGAUAUCACCCCGACGCUCCGGCGCAGAGGGUUCAACCGGCUGCUGAAGGGAACAUCGUCCGUAGGAGUGCGGAAUUGAUCUCAGCGGCAGUUGUGGGGGGAGUCAUCACCGCCAGCCUUGUGCGCAGAGGCAUUCCGUGA